UGUGGCCCUGCCGGCGGCGCUCUAUCCGCCACCCCGUCUCUGUGCUCGUGGAGGCCGGCUCGGAGGCGGCGCGGCGCGGCGCUCAGUCCAUCCGGCGGGCCCCUCUCGCUGGUUGUGUCCUGCGGGCGGGCCUGGCGGAGCGAUGGCGGCCGUGCGGGGCCUGCGGAUCUCGGUGAAGGCGGCGGCGGCGGAGGAGCAGGAGCAGGAGCAGCCGCUGCCGCGCGGCCCCGAGCCCGAGCCCAUGGAGGUGGAGGAGGGCGAGCUGGAGACCGUCCCCGUGCGGCGCUCGCUGCGGGAGCUGCUCCCGGACACUAGUAGAAGGUAUGAAAACAAAGCUGGAAGUUUCAUCACAGGAAUAGAUGUCACCUCCAAGGAAGCAAUUGAGAAAAAGGAGCAAAGAGCGAAGCGCUUUCAUUUUCGAGCUGAAGUGAACCUUGCCCAAAGGAAUGUGGCAUUAGAGCGAGACAUGAUGAAGAAAGCAAUCCCUAAAGUGAGGCUGGAUACAGUCCACAUUUGCGGGGUAGAUGAGAUGAGUACCCAGGACAUCUUUGCCUAUUUUAAAGAGUAUCCUCCUGCUCAUAUUGAGUGGCUAGAUGACACUUCGUGUAAUGUGGUCUGGCUUGAUGAAGUGACAGCAACACGAGCUCUUAUAAAUAUGAGCUCUAUGCCUGAUCAGGAUAAACUCAAAAACAGAGAAAACAACGAGGAGAAAGCAACUGAAAAAAACAAGAAAGACAAACAGGAGGAAAGCUCGGAUGAUGAGACCGAGGAAGGAGAGGUUGAGGAUGACAAUCCAAGUGAUGUUGAGUUGGAUGCGCUCUCCCAGGUAGAGGAAGAUUCUCUCCUACGUAAUGAUCUUCGCCCAGCCAACAAGCUGGCUAAAGGAAACAAACUGUUCAUGAGAUUUGCUACUAAAGAUGAUAAAAAAGAGCUUGGAGCUGCAAGAAGAAGUCAGUACUACAUGAAAUAUGGCAACCCUAAUUAUGGUGGCAUGAAAGGAAUUCUUAGCAACUCUUGGAAACGAAGAUAUCAUUCACGUCGAAUCCAUCGUGAUGUGAUAAAGAAAAGGACACUCAUUGGGGAUGAUGUUGGGUUGACACCUCCUUAUAAACACCGGCAUUCAGGCCUAGUGAAUGUUCCUGAGGAGCCUAUUGAGGAAGAAGAGGAGGAGGAGGAGGAAGAUGAGGAUAUGGAUGAGGAUGAGGAUGACAGGGUUGUGGUAGAGUACCGGGAUGAACUACAAGCUUUCAAACAGUCUCGAGAUCGCAGUGCAGCAAGACGAUCAAGUGCUAGUGCGUCUGAUUCUGAUGAAAUGGACUAUGAUCUUGAACUGAAAAUGAUAUCCACUCCAUCUCCCAAAAAGAGCAUGAAAAUGACAAUGUAUGCUGAUGAGGUGGAAUCUCAAUUGAAAACUAUUAGGAACUCUAUGAGAGCGGAUAGUAUAGCAUCCAGUAAUGUCAAAAACCGGAUUGGCAGCAAAGGAUCGUCAGAAAAAGUUGCAGAUGUAAGACUACUGUUAGAGGAAAAACGUCAGAAUAAUACAGGGCAGCGUCAGCCAGUCAGCACUACAAAAUCAGAUGUACGGCAGAGACUAGGAAAGAGACCUCACUCUCCAGAAGUCAAGCCCCCAAGUAGCACCUCCACCCCUCGUCGAGAAUCAGUAUCAGAUGUACAUAGUCGGUUAGGGAUACCCAAACAAGAUGUGAAAGGCCUGUACUCUGACACCAGAGAGAAGAAAACAGGUAAUUUAUGGACCCGUUUAGGAUCAGCACCUAAGACACAAGAAAAGACUCCAGAUAAAUCAGAAAAUUCAGUAACAUCUCCAGAAGAGGAUGAUUCAGAGCUCCAGCGGGCAUGGGGUGCUCUAAUAAAAGAAAAAGAACAAUCUCGCCAGAAGAAAAGCCGAUUAGAUAACUUGCCAUCUCUACAAAUUGAAAUUAGCCGGGAGAGUAGUUCUGGGUCAGAUACUGAAUCAUGAGAUCUUUAGACCCUGAUCCUCAGGAUUUGAACUCUGCAGCAUGGCAAGAUUUCCAUUGCCCAAAGGCUGAACAUUAUGGAAGCGUGGCAGGACUCUGAUUGAGGUUCCAGGAGCCUCUCCAUUCUGUUUACACAGAAGUAAAGACCUGUAUACCACUUGACAUUUAAAGCAAUCAAUCACAUUUGUCUUCAGUGUGUAUGGCCCUGUGUUGUGUAGGGCAUUGUCAUAUACAUUUAUUAUAGCAAACCUGUAGUUAUUGCAAAACCAUUUUUUCCCCAAGCUUCAAACUUUAAAGAAGGGGCAGAACUACUCCUGGAUUUUGUAGAAGACUUUUUGUUCUUAAUCUUUUUAACAUGGAGUCUUUUAAGAAAAUGUUUUACACAGUUCAUCCAAAGAACAGGGAACUUCAGAAUAAUCACUAUUGCCUUGCCCUUAUAGCUGUUACCAGCACCUUUAUUCUCCUCAUAGGGUAAUAACAAUGAUGCUUCCUGGGUGGGCAGCCAGUAAAGGGUAAAGCUUUUAAAGGGAUUGCUGUCUCCUACUCUUCCAAAAUACUGAAUGUAAAUCUAAACUAGACCUGUUAGUACAGUAAUACUUCAAAAUAACAUCAGAGCAGCACCACUAUAUUAGUCUCAGAAAGGAUUCUGCUUCAUUCGUUUUGGUGAUAACUUUUUGCUUUAAGUGAAGAUUGACGAGUUCAAGACUGCAGAGUUGGAUUGUUGACAGAACUGUGCAAAUGUCCUGAGAUGAUUAAUUUUUUUGGAGAUUAAAUGUUGAAACAAUUUAAAAAAUUUAUUUCAAUAUAGCUGUAUUAUGUUUGAAGAAAUUUAACAAUUUAAAAGUUUAAAAUAAUUUUUAUAUUUGUGAAAAUUCUGUUGGCUACAGUGAAAGCUUAUAGUGGUGUUUUCAUAUGUGCUGUUAA